GGAAGCAGCGUCCGUUUUGAUGACGUCGAAUGUUGUUGGCCAUGAUGGCGUCGUCCACAGAUCAGUGUAUCUCAGAGUUCACUGACAGGGAAACCCGGGAGAAAUUGUCUCACUGGGACCUCCGGACCGAGCCCAUGGCGCCGUUAACCGACAAACAGACCGACUCGAUCCUCGAGAUCCGCGCAGCCGCAGAAGAGUCUCCGGUUCCGCCUGAGCUGCCCAUCGAGGACAUCUGCAGUCUGACGUCUCGCUCCUUGCGCUCAGCUUUUACUGCGACUCUUCCAGCAUCCACAGAGGAGAUUCUUCUGCAUGGGUUUCAGAUGCUGGACCUGGAGAAUGAGAGGAUAGAGACGGCUCAACAGUUUUUCUCCUGGUUUUCGAAGCUUCAGGCUCAGAUGGAUCAAGAUGAAGCUGCUAAGUACAGGAAGACUCGAGAUGUGUUGAAUAGCUACCAGCAGCAGUGUGAUGCUAUUUUGACGGAUGUAAACGUUGCUCUUGAACAUCUGGACUCUCUUCAGAAGCAGUAUCUCUUUGUGUCCACUAAAACAGGAACCCUACACGAGGCUUGUGAACAGCUGCUGAAGGAGCAGUCAGAGCUGGUGGAGUUGGCAAAGAGCAUCCAAGAAAAACUUUCCUAUUUUAAUGAACUGGAAAAUAUAAAUACGAAACUAAACUCCACGACCUUAUCUGUGAACAGCGAGGGAUUCAUUCCAAUGCUUUCCAAGUUAGACGAAUGUGUUGAAUAUGUUUCAUCACAUCCCAGUUUUAAAGACUAUCCGGUUUACCUGACUAAAUUUAAGCAGUGCCUGUCUAAAGCUAUGCACCUAAUAAAGAUCCACACGGUCAACACCCUACAGAAUCUCACCAGUCAGCUGACAAAAAGGGAUCCGAUGGGUGCUCCAAACAUAGACAACGCCUUCACGCUUUACUACGUGAAGUUCAGAGCCGCGGCACCUAAAGUUAAAAGAUUAAUCGAGCAGGUUGAGGAGCGUUCUGGAAGAAUUCCUGAGUACCAGCAGCUGUUGGAUGAGAUUCAUCAGUGUUAUCUGGACCAGCGAGAAGUUCUGCUCAGUCCCAGUAUAAACUCCACCAUCACAGACCUGACCACUCAGAACAACAAAGACCACUGCGCAUUGGUUCGCAGUGGAUGUGCCUUCAUGGUUCAUGUGUGUCAAGAUGAGCAUCAGCUUUACAACGAGUUCUUCUCCAAACCCACAUCCAAACUGGAUGAACUUCUGGAGAAACUCGGUUUGUCCCUAUAUGAUGUUUUAAGACCUUUGAUCAUCCACGUGGUUCAUCUGGAGACGUUGUCUGAACUCUGCAGUAUCCUGAAGAACGAGAUGCUGGAGGAUCAUGUUCAGAACAACGUGGUCCAACUCGCAGCGUUUGAUGCAGUAUUGAAACAGAUGCUGGAGGACGUUCAGGAGCGCCUGGUCUACAGGACGCACAUCUACAUACAGACAGACAUCACCGGAUACAACCCUGCACCGGGAGAUCUGGCUUACCCUGACAAACUGGAGAUGAUGGAGAAAAUCGCUCAGAGCCUUAAAGAGGAACAGAUGAAGUUAAUAUCCAACAGCUCUUUUUCUGAUGUUCAGCUGGAGGACUCGGAAAAUAAAAAGCUGCUCAGCUCUGAUCCUCGAUUACAGAGCACAGUUUCACCAGCAGACCUGCAUGGGAUGUGGUAUCCAACUGUGAGAAGAACUCUAGUGUGUCUGUCCAAACUCUACCGAUGUAUAGAUAGGGCGGUGUUUCAGGGUUUAUCACAAGAAGCUCUGUCAGCCUGCAUCCAAUCCCUCAUCAAAGCUUCAGAUGUCAUCCAGAAGAACAAGACUCACAUUGACGGGCAGCUCUUUCUUAUCAAACAUCUGCUUAUCAUGCGAGAACAGAUUGCGCCUUUCCACGCUGACUUCGCCAUCAAAGAGAUUUCUCUGGAUUUAAAGAAGACCCGAGAUGCUGCUUUUAAGAUUUUCAACCCCAGGACUGUGCCCAAUUUCUUCCGGCUCAACAGCCAUAACGCCAUCCUUGAGUUUUUACUAGAGGGAACGCCAGAGAUAAAAGAGCAUUACAUCGAUUCAAAGAAGGAUGUAGAUCGACACCUGAAGUCCGGCUGCGAGCAGUUCAUCCAGCAGCAGACGCACAUGUUUGUUGGCAACCUGGAAGAGUUUCUUACCAAGGUGGAUGCUCUGAAGACGAUGGCCGUUCAAGGUGGACCAACAUACAAUCUCUCCCAGCAGCCGUGGGCUCAGCCUGCCAAAAUUAAUGACAUUGUGAUGGCAACGUAUCGGAUAUUGAAGAACAAGCUGCCCAUUACGUUACAAAGUAUGUCUUUAUAUCUGGCCAAUAAAGACACAGAGUUUAUCCUCUUUAAACCGGUCAGGAACAACAUCCAGCAGGUGUUUCAGCGACUGCAUGCGUUACUGCAGGAGGAGUACAGCGGUGAAGACCUGCAGAUCAUCGCAUGCCCGUCAAUGGAACAGAUAAAUUUGCUGUUGUCUGUGAAGUAGCCCUGGACUGUGAAUGGACGGUAAAGUUCUUGUCGUCAGAUCACCACGAGGGAGACGAGCUCUCUCAUACUUAACUUUCCAGAAGGUUCUGGAGACAAACAAGUCCUUGAUUUUGUCACCAAAGACCGUUCAAGGCCGAACUGUUUGAACAUGGCUGAUGGGUAUUUGGGAUUGCUACUGAAUGAACUUGUACAGAUUUAAAUUCAAUAAGGGCAUGAGAGAUCUCAGCUGAUGAUGCAGAUUCAAAUCCAGCACAUUCUGAUGUUUGUCUGUACAUUCACUAUUAUGAGUCGAAUCGACAGAAACAGACAUUAUCUGCUGGGUGGGGCUGUGUAUUCACACUUUAACCCCAUACAAACAGGCUUGUUAAGAAUAGAUCAUUAAAGGUAAAGGAAAGAUGGGCAGGAUAUAUUUAUUAUUGUUUAAAGGAAUAAAUCAAAAGGUCAUUAUUUAUUCUCGGUGUCGUUUUAAACCUGACAAGACUACAUCUUGUAUCUUAACUUAACUACAUCCCAAAUCAUCUGAGGUCGUAUUAUAGCUUUGUGUGUGACUUAAAGCCACGAUUUACUAAUAAUCUUCCUAAGUAGAAAAAUACACAUUUGCAUCUGGGUUUGUUUAAAAAUAAGGUCAUUGCUACAGGCUUAACAUUAUUUCAGCAGAGGAAGAUUAUUAGUGUAUAAAGAGACCAACCAUUUAUCAUCAGCUCCUCACAUGAAACCUCAGAAGACUGCUGCGUUACUGAUACUUGUGUUUAUUUGGUCUUUUUGGAUCCUAACAUGUGGUGAUGAUGAACAGUUUUUGUAUGAAUUAGACUUCUGUUACUUCAGUGGAAAACAAUAAUAGCAUGCAUGGGUUUAGAACGACAUGAGUAUCAAUAAAUAAUGACAGGCAAACUUUUCAUUUCAUUUCUCAUGUAUGCACUACAAACAUCAGGCAAAUGAGUUCCUUCACUUUCCUCUUGAUUAUGGUACUUUCAGUUGAAUAUUGGGAGUCUUUGGCUUUCUCAGGAGAACAUCUUCAUCAAACUCAGAAGAUGAUUGGUGAAGAUGUUCUCAUUGUAUUGGGGUGUUUGAUCUAAAUAACAAGUAUGUUUCAUAUAUAAUUUACCUACUGUUUGGAAUGAAUGACCCUUUUCUAUUUUGUAUUAGAGUGAAUGUGGUAACUUUAUGUAAAUAUUUUGCUCACCUGAACUAAAGUAAAAAGCUAAAGUUUUAUUACA